UACAAAGUUCAACUAAUCCUCCACUUCUAUCAGCUACCAAAAUCUCUUCAUUUUUCUUACACCCUUGCCUCCAAUAAUUCUAGUCUCAGCUCAAGUUAGAGCUUUGAUCGACACUUGGUGGUGGCUAUCACAAAAAAGAACCUUCACUUCUUUUCUAUGUAUAUCCCUCUUUACAUUAUUGAUCUGAUAUGUUGUUUCAAUGUUCCCUUACUCCAGCGCUGGAACUCCACCCAAAUUCUGCGAUUUCGAAGCUCAAAGUCAUUGAAUGGAGAUAACCACAAGUCUUCCUGCUAUCGAUUGGUACAGAAAUGGCACAACGAUCUCACUUGCUAGAGAAUUGAUUAUCCUCUUUUGAUUGCUUACCAGAGUUACAUCCAUGGAAUUUUCCUCCAAAUGGUUGAUCCAGCUUCUGUUUCUCUCCUCGUCUCUCAUGGUCACGAGUCUUAUCUUGGGCAAGCUUCAAAAAAACAUAUUGCUACUACACAAGUCAAAUCAUGCUUGAUCUGAUCUUCACAGAGAUCAAAUGUUAGAAUCUAGCUAUGUGUUUCCACAUUCUCCUUUAAUUGUUGUUCCUCUCUCUCUCUCUCUCUCUCUCUCUCUCUCUCUCUAUCGCUCAAUUUACAGUUUUUCUAGUCCAUCGCCAAGCUCAUUCAGAGAUCCUUACUCUUCCUGAUGACUUGAGCUUUGAUAGUGAUCUUGGCGUGGUUGGUGCCCAGAAGUUUUUCAAAUUCCCCUGGUGAUUUUUUAGGCGAUUGAUCAAUUGCUUAUCUCAAUUUCAAUUUCAGUUUUGAUAUAAAUAUUUUUAACCUCAAUUUGUUUUACCUAAUUCCUAUGAAUAUUAUUCAAGCAAGGGAUCAUGCUUUGUUUGUGGCCAAAUGGUGGAAAAAAACCCCAGCGUUUCCUUAAGAUACACACACAAGAUUGACAUGGCUUCCUCUUCACAGAGCACUUGCCGAUCAAUUAGAACUUACAAGGCAGUGAGGAUGAACACAGCCAGUAUUGUAACAUGGUUGUACAGUAUGUGAAAAACCGUGAAAUGUUUGAGCCUUUUAUCGAAGAUGAUGUUCCAUUUGAUGACUACUGUAAAAACGUGGACGGCGAUGGAACUUGGGCCGGGAAUAUGGAACUACAAGCAGUUUCUUUUGUCACACACAGCAAUAUAUGUUUCCACAAGAUCAUGUCACCGCGUUGGUCAUACCACGAUGGGGAACAUUACAACAAUGUGCGUAUGAAGGAAAAUGCUUGUGGAGGAGGACCAACCAGGCCUGUUGUAAUAAAGAAUCUAUUUGGUGCAGAAAUCAGAGUUGACCGUAAUGGUGUUAGUCAAUCGUUAACUCCAACU